AUGACGGCCCCGGACAACGGCCUCGAGCCGGCGCAUGUAGCCGAUAUCCCCGGCCGGUCCAUGCUGAUCCUCUACGGCUCAGAGACGGGCAACAGCCAGGACAUUGCCGAGGAGCUGGGCCGGAACGCCCAGCGUUUGCAUUUCAACACCAAAGUAGACGAGAUGAACGGGGCUCAACUGGUUCGUCAUCCAUGGCCUUUCAACUCAAUAAUGCGCGACGUUGUUAACUCCCCGUUACAGAGCUUAUUGCUUCAGUACACUCUUGUUGUCUUCGUCAUUUCAACAACAGGCCAGGGAGACAUGCCGCGCAACUCGACCGUCUUCUGGAAGAGUCUUCUGAGAAAAAAGCUGCCGCCUGGCUGUCUGGGUAACGUCAAGUUUACGACCUUUGGGCUCGGCGAUAGCAUGUAUAUCAAGUAUGUCUUUGCCAGUCUUCUUCGGCACAGGCAAGGGUCUAAUGGAGGUUUCAACAGGUUCAACUGGGCGGCCAGAAAGCUUCACAAACGGCUGGAGCAGUUGGGAGCGCAAGAGUUCUACCCUCGAGGGGAAGCCGACGAGCAAGACUCAGAUGGCGCGGAUGAAAGAUACAUGCCAUGGGCCGCCGAUCUCCGCAAGAAGCUGCUCGACCUAUACCCCCUCCCGGCGGGUGUUUCUCCUAUCCCAGAUGAUGCUCUGCUGCCUCCACGGUACAGCAUCUCGCUGUCGAACUUAGACGCGAAGAACACCAAUGGCCACGAGCCAGACCCUGAGAAAGCCAUUGACGAACUCUCUCAGGAGACAAACUCACUCAAAAUCGCCGAUACACCCCCUUCCACCCUCCUACACAUUCCCUCAAGUCAACCUGCAACACUCACGCACAACACCCGUGUAACCCCCUCCACACACUUCCAAGACGUCCGCCAAAUAACCCUCACCCUCCCCUCCCAACCCGUAAUAUCUCCCUUUGACAGCCUGACGAUAUACCCAAAGAACUUCCCUCAAGAUGUCCAGAAGCUGAUCGACCUCAUGGACUGGGGCCCCGUGGCGGACCUGCCUCUCUCCCUGCCGCCGGACCUCCCCCGCGGGCUCUUCGUCGAUCCCACCACCAGCACCACCCUCCGCCAUCUGCUCACCCACAACCUCGACAUCACGAGCAUCCCCCGCCGCUCCUUCCUCAAAGAAAUGUUCUACUUCACCACGGACGAGUACCACAGGGAACGCCUCCUCGAGUUCACGAUGCGCGAGUACACGGAUGAGUUUUACGACUACACCACCCGCCCGCGCCGCACCAUCCUCGAGGUCCUCGAAGAAUUCACCUCCGUGCGGAUACCCCUCGGUCGCGUGCUGGACAUGUUCCCCAUCAUGCGCGGGCGCGACUUUAGCAUCGCCAGCGUCAGGCAGCAGGACCAAAUGACAGAGGUGGAAUUGCUGGUGGCGCUGGUCAAGUACAAGACCAUCCUCCGCAAGAUCCGCCAGGGCCUGUGCUCGCGGUACCUCGAGUCGCUGCCGACGGGCAUGCCGCUGAGGAUAACGCUCAAUCGCAGCUCCGCGUCCCUCCACGGCCCGGCUCACGCCCGCAGACCUCUGGUGGCCAUCGCCACGGGCACCGGCGUGGCGCCGCUGCGUCUCUUCAUCGAGGAGCGCCUCUUGCAUGGGACUGAUGUAGGCAGCACGGCCAUCUUCUUUGGCAACCGCAGCCGCCACGCCGACUUCCACUUCAAGGAUGUGUGGGAGGAUCUCAAGAGCCGGCAGGAGAACGGCAGGUUUGCGGUGCACACUGCCUUUUCGCGCGACAAGGACACGCCGCGCGAGUACGUCCAGGACGUGAUUCGCAAACAACCGGCCGAGAUCAGGUCCAUGGUCGCCAGCAACGCGAUGUUCGUCGUCUGCGGCGGCAGUCUGAAGAUGUCGAGGGCCGUCAAGGAAGCUGUCAAGAGCUGUUUGGCCGAGGAUAAGGAGGCAUACCCCGACGAAGAGGCAGUGGAGGCGGCUUUCGGAAAGUUGACCUGGUGGGAAGAGAUUUGGUAA